UCCUGUACUUGAGAGUUCCCGAUCCAUUUCUGCCCCGAAAGUGUAAAAAAAAUGCAGGCAAUUCUCUUCCCAAACUGUGGCCUUGGAUUUCCCACGUGCCCAGCCUUCAAAUCCACGCUCCGAAAAUCCAUCUUCUCUGACAAAGAGAUUGCAGAUGGGGCUCUAUUCUUUGCUGCUCGAGGAGAACUGAUUCAAUCAUCUGUGUCGAGCAUAAGACCCGAGGGAAAUAGGAGAAGGCGUUCUCCUAGAAAGAAUACUGCGUCUGAUAGAGCGGCGGAGGAGGAUGAAGAAGAGAAGGUUCCUCAAUCGCCUGAUGGGGACUCCCCUGAAUCAUCUAACCAGGAAGAAAUCAUUGCACUGUUCAGACGGAUACAGUCUUCCAUCUCUAAAGGAGGAUCCGGUACUACCAAAAGGAGGAGCUCCAGCAGUUCUAAAGAAAAGAAGUCAGCCGAGUCAGUUUUGGAUGUUUUGAACCAAUAUCCAUCAAGGAAGCAAUUCCGAGAUAAAGGUCCGAGCAAGGAAGAGAAUGGAAUGUUGCCUCGGAAGACUCCUGCACUCAGGAAAGAACCUAUAACAAAGGAGGAUUCACUGAAAGAAGAAUUCAAAUUAUCAAGACCCCCAUCAAAUUUCGUGAAGAGGUCGCCAAUCCCAUCACCACCAAUGCUGAAAGAAAAGGUUGGGGAGGUGAACGAAGAUGGAUUACCAGCUGUGGUUGCAGUGAAGGAUUCGGAGCUGCAGAGAGUUCAUGGGAUGAAGCUUUCGGAGCUGAAAGAGCUUGCAAAGUCCAGAGGAGUUAAGGGUUACUCGAAGCUGAAGAAGGGAGAACUGGUGGAACUGUUGAAAGGGUUGUUGCAGUCCUAGUUUUCUUUGUAUCUUUUCUUUCUUGUUGUGGAAAAAAAAAGUAAGAAGGAAGAAGUCUUCUGCUCUUUCAUCUGCUUCCUUUGUCUGAUAGAGCGUUUUUUUCUGGUUGAGUUGCAUGACCUAGUUCAUUGAAGCUUCAUGUAAAAUUAGUAAGAACAAUAGAAAACAUUUUUUUGGCUGUACUUGUAUUCUUGGGUUGUGGAAUGCUAAUCAUAGUUUAGUGAUGCUUCUCAAUGACA